GGGCCGCAGCCGGGGCGGGCCGUGCGCGCGGGGCGGGACGCGGCGACGCCAGCGCCUGCGGAUCCCGUGACCGACCGCCCCGCCCGUGGCCGCCGCGGCCAUGCAGACCCCGGCGGUGCUCGUCACCUCCAGGCGAGUUCAGAAUGUGCACACGGGCCUCGACCUGACUGUGCCCCAGCACCAGGAGGUGCGGGGCAAGAUGAUGUCGGGCCACGUGGAGUACCAGAUCCUGGUGGUCACCCGGAUGGCUGCGUUCAAGUCAGCCAAACACAGGCCUGAGGAUGUCGUCCAGUUCUUGGUCUCCAAGAAGUACAGCGAGAUUGAGGAGUUCUACCAGAAACUGAGCAGUUGUUACCCGGCAGCCAGCCUUCCCCCGCUCCCCAGGAAGGUCCUGUUUGUUGGGGAGUCUGACAUCCGGGAAAGGAGAGCUGUGUUCGAUGAGAUCCUGCGCUGCAUCUCGAAGGAUGCUGAGUUGGCGGGCAGCCCAGAGCUGCUAGAAUUCCUAGGUACCAGAUCCGUGGGGGCUGCAGACCUCAGCAGCAGAGAAGUCUCUGUCCUGGAUGCACACAGCCAGGCAGGGGACGGCGGGGAGGCUUUCGACUUCUUCGAGCAGCAGGACCGAGCAGAGGGUGAGGGUCUGCCCCUCCCAGGCCUGAAGGCCGAGGAUGCAGAGAGGUCCUCAGAGGAGGAGGAGGCACUGGACCCUCUGGGCAUCAUGCGCUCCAAGAAGCCUAAGAAGCACCCAGAAGUGGCUGUGAAGCCCAGACCCUCACCCCGGCUCACCCUCUUUGACGAGGAGGUGGACCCUGAUGAGGGGCUCUUUGGCCCAGGCAGGAAGCUCUCCCAGAACUUCGCAGAAGACGUGCCCCCCAAGGACUCCCUGAAGUUGUUUGAUGAUCCUGACCUCGGCGGGGCUGUCUCCCUGGGUGACCCCUUACUACUGCCAGCCGCCAGCUGUGAGAGUGGAGGGCCCUCAUCCCGCCCAGGCCACAUGGAGGCCGACGAGAAACUGUUCAGGGUAGAAGAGGACUUGGACCAGAUCCUGAACCUGGGGGCUGAGCGCAAACCCCAGCCCCAGCCUAAGCCCAAGCCUCCAGUGGCAACCAAGCCAUCAUUACCCAGAAAGCCAGCUGUUCCCCCCAGAGCAGGCCCAUCUGAGGCUGAGGCCGGGCAGUGGAAGCAGCAGAAGCAGAUCCAAGCCAUGAACGAGACGGACAUCUUGCAGUAUAUCCAGGAUCACGACACACCUGCCCAGGCCACCCCCAGCCUUUUCUGACCCUCCCAACCCCGUGCUGGCCCUGAGCUGGCAGGCCCUUUCCUUGGAGGGGUAUUGGUGAGGUGGGGGCUUUGCUCUGUGGGACCAGGACCUCUGUUCUCAGGGGAGGGAGGGUGCCAGACCAGGUCAUAGGAACCCUGUACUGCCGUGUCCCUUUUCUCCUGCCGGUGGAGUCCUGCACCUCUGCAGGGGUCAGAGAGUGCGGUCAUCACAGGACUCGGAGCCUGGAUUGUCCAGCAUGUGGGCAUGGAGAGGAGAGCGUGUGGGGAGCCUUGCUAACCAGGAGCCCAGCCCCCAGGAUGGAGGGAGACUAGGGGUGCCCAGGGAGGCUCCAGCCAGGGCAGGAAAACCGUGCCCUCUGGCUCUGCCAGCCCAGCAUAGGAGGGACAGUCUGGCCGCCCCGGGGUGGAGGUGGGGGUCCAGUGUCUCUAAGCAGCAUGGCUUUUGGGGGCCUCCAGGCUCUGAGCGGGUCCUCCAGGAGAGGAGUGCUAAGUGGGUGACUAGGAAAGUCCAGCCGGGCAGGGUGUCCCUGGGCUGCCUCUGGUUAGCAGGUGCUAGGUGGGGUACUUCCCUGGGUGCCCAGCUUGAGGGGGAUGUCAGGCCCAGCCCUGCCUCUUUGGGGUAUGGAUGACCUGACAAAGCCCCAGUCUUCCUCGUCCUUUUCCCAGGGAGGGCCUGAGGCCUGACCAGACCAUGGCCUCCUUGGGCCUGCUUGGGCCAGUGUCUGCCACUGCAGCUCUGAACAAGGUCAUGGCCCCCUGGGAGCUCUGCUCUGGCCCACAGCCUGGGGAGACCCCCUGCUCACAGCAGCCUCGGCAGCAGGCUCUGGCUACUGCUUCGAGGGCCCGUCUGUCCAGUGGCCGAUGCUGCCAGGCCCUCCGUGUCUUCCAGGUCUGGCCUUUCCCACCAGCCUUUCACCCGUGGAAGCUGCCUUGCCAGGGAGGAGCCCUGUGCCAGGGCAGAACCAGUGCCUUAGACUCCUCCUGGAACCCCUGUGCCCUGGCACAUGGGUCUGGGCUUGGCGCAGUCCUCAAGAAAUUCUCAGUGAAUGAAUGAUGUUUAAUGGAGCCAACAAUAUGUCUUUUUUAAAUAUGUUCUUCAUGUUCAGAACUAGUUUGUAAUGAAACAUGAGUUUUUAAUGAAAUGCA